AUGUUCGAAAAACUGACGGCCAUAUUUCCCCGAGUCUCGGUUCGGCGACGGCCUCCGUACUCCGUCAGGCCGUUUUACUGGUCUCUGGCCAUCUUCAGCAUCCUUGCGACUCUCAGCUGGGUGCUGGGACAUUGGAACAAUGGUAUGGCGGCCGGUCCUGCUCUGCUCGUGAAGCGGGACGACCCACCAGAGUGUCGCCUAGUUCGGAAUGCAGACGAUAAAUGUGCCUUUGUCCGCGCGAAUUGCCUCGAUCACGAAGAUGGCUUCUUCUCCUACCUUCAAUUCUACUACUGCUCCCUUGCAGAUGCGAAACCCCUGGCUUUCACGGUCAUCGUACUCUGGUUAUCCCUACUUUUUAGUACUAUCGGAAUCGCGGCAAGUGACUUUCUAUGCAUUGACUUGAGCAUGUUGGCCAGCUUCCUCGGGCUGAGUGAGAGUUUGACCGGGGUGACUUUUCUCGCCUUUGGCAAUGGCAGCCCCGACGUAUUUUCAACCUUUGCUGCCAUGAGGUCCAACAGCGGAAGCUUGGCCAUCGGAGAGCUUAUCGGGGCUGCGGGCUUUAUUACCUCUGUGGUCGCUGGGUCAAUGGCCCUUGUACGUCCUUUCAAGGUCGCUCGCAGAAGCUUUGUUCGUGAUGUUGGCUACUUUGUCAUCGCAAUCAGCUUCAGCAUGUUUCUUCUGGCCGACGGGCACCUUCACGUCUGGGAGGCAGCCACCAUGGUUGCGCUGUAUUGCUUCUACGUUGUACUUGUUGUGACGUGGCACUGGUAUAUUGUGCGACGGCGGCGCGUUCAGGAGAGGAAUAUGGCCGCUCGGGCUCAUUUUCAUAUCCCGGACAAUCAGGAAUUAGACAUUGAGGAGGUGGAAGAUGAUGAUCCCGGAGUCGCUUCCGAGUCUACUAGUCUCUUGCGUGGGGCGACUAUUGAAGAUUUCAACGCCUUAGAAAGCGCCGAUGUUCCGGCCUGGAAAGACGCCGAUGAGGACGAUGAAACCCGCAACCGGCAUCUCGCGGAGAUUCGGGACAACAUGCGCAUAUACCGACCUUCUGCGCGGAGACGAAACACGUUCAACCCUAUCAGACCAAGCUUGGUAGGUGCUUUGGAGUUUCAAUCCGUUCUUUCUUCCCUACAACGCUCGAGAAGCCACCACCGCAAUCAUUCGAUAAGCCUUGAGAGGUAUUCGGACGCCCCACGGGAUCAUCGUUCACAGCCGGACAAUAUUUCCAUUGCAUCGCAUCCUCAAAGCGGCCGUUCCCGUGCCAACAAUCUCCUAUCACCAGAAUACGGAACUAAUCGCACUCGAGCGGUGUCUGCAAACGAUGCUAUGGGGUUGAAGCUGGAUACGAAUCUUUUCUCCCCUGAUGCUACAGCGCAACCACAAUUAACCUUUAGCAGACCAUCCAUCGAUGAGGGAUCUAGCACGACAAUGGAGGCCCACUAUGGCACUGAUUUGACGCAAUCCCCAAUGUCAAGUACUUAUUCUUCACGCAGUCCGAGCCCAAGUCGAAGACCAGACUCUAGCCUACAAAAUUCCGCGUUGCUUGCCCCCCCAGGUGCUUUUCAUUCUCCCAACUACUUGGAUGGGGCUGCACAUCCGCACUCCCCGCAACAAGUAUCUCCUCGAGGUACCAAGUAUCCAGCAGGGGGUCCGGAUAGCUUAAAUAGCCCCACCAGUCCUUUUCCUCCCUUUCAUGAUGGGGUUAGGUCACCGUCCCCCCGUCCGCCGAGUAUACGUUUGCCCGAGCCAUCGAGCCCAACAGAGUCUCUACACUUCCAGGAAGCUAUUUUUGACAGAAACAGCCGACGUUCUACACCGACGGACUGCUGGCCUCGGUCUCAAUCCGUACUGGAGCCAAUCAUCGCGACACUCUUUCCCACUCUGGACGGAUGGAAGAGCAAGACCGUUUGGGAGAAGCUCCUAGGUGUCGUUGCAGCUCCUAGCGUGUUUCUCCUAACGAUCACUUUGCCUGUUGUUGAUCCAUCACCGCCUGAGCCCGACGCAGUACCAGUCAUAGUGACUUCUGCCGAUGAUUCAAUCUCCCCUACGCCCAUCGUGCGCCUGCCAGAGGAGAGCCCACUUCUCCAGCCUCGAAAUGCGAGUUCAGUAACACCGGCUGGCAACAGUAACAAACUUCCGUCGGAUCAGAACAGGCAGCGCUACGACUCGGAGCUCCCUGCGGUACAAGAGCCUAUCGACUCAACUGCUCAAGCAACCAGAGAGUGGAGUCUCUGGCUAGUCCAUCUUCAACUCUUUGCAGGACCUCAAUUCGUUGCCUUAAUCGCAUGGUCUGCCGUAGAUGAUGACCUGACGGGACGCAUCUUUCUAUUCCUCUCGCUUUGUGGCCUCCUCUUUUCGCUGAUUUGCCUCGGAGCCCUACUCGUCAGCAUCCGCCAAGCUCGCAGCUCCCUUCGACAACCCCCCAAAUCAUGGCGCCCAAUCCUAGCCUUCUUAGGCUUUGUUGUCGCCAUCUUCUGGAUUGCAACGAUUGCCACGGAAGUGGUUAGCCUCUUAAAGACCCUUGGUGUCAUUCUCAACAUUAGCGACUCCCUCCUCGGUCUCACCGUCUUUGCUGUCGGCAACUCCCUCGGCGACCUCGUCGCCAACAUUACCGUCGCCCGCCUGGGCUACCCAGUCAUGGCUCUGAGCGCCUGCUUCGGCGGGCCCAUGCUCAAUAUCCUCCUUGGUAUCGGCCUCGGAGGGCUAUACAUGACACUGCAUUCGAAAAAGUCGCAAUCAAUGGCCGCAGCUGACAUUACUUAUGACAUUGCCGUCUCCAAAGUCCUCAUCAUUAGCGGCGCUACCCUUCUAGUGACUCUAGUCGGGUUGUUGAUCGUGAUUCCCUGGAAUAAUUGGCGCAUGGACCGCAAAAUUGGAUGCGGUCUUAUCGUCCUCUGGUGUGUGAGUACUUUGGGUAACGUCAUUGCAGAAAUCGUCUCCUGA